AUGGGUAGGUUCGAAAUCGCUGGACGACCAAACUGUCAUGAAGGACUUUUGUCAAAAACUAGCCUGAAAGUGCCUCCCGCGCUGGCAGGUGAGACGGAAUCUCGUCGAAAUUUUUUCUUUGGGCAGCACGUGAGGGUGCGUGGGGUGGAGGGAGUUGUGCCGGAAAGUUUUUUACGGGUUGGUCACUGGAGGCUGAUCUACCUCGUGGUGGUGUUGGCUUUUGCACAAUAUCGACGGAUAAAAAAUUUCCGAUUAAUUGAUUUUUCUUCCCGGAAUCACUGGAAAGGAAGGGCUGGUAAAAGGGUUUUCAGAUUUGAGAUCCUACCAUAUUCUGCAGGUUAUGCAGUCAGGAGGGAUUUUAGUAUUGUGGACUUCACUCAUGUUCAUGUGCGUGUAUUGCAUUCUGAAGGUGACUUGACAGUAAAGAUGAAACUGCACUCCUUGAAAAUUAAGGAUGAACUUCAACGUUCUUUAUGUUCGGGUCCCCAAUAUCUGGCUUGCUCUGUUUUGGUGGAUCAUGGUGCUGCCAGCUGUCCUGACCCCUUGGAACCUCAUGGGAAAGAGCUACCUUUGAUGGUAAUAGAAGAGGAUGAUAUUUUCAAGGAUGCCUUGCCAGAUUUCUUAUCCUUUACAGAUUCUGCUGAAGCUACUACCCCUGAGAAGGAGCUAUUGAGGGGAAGAAGUGUUCCUGGUGAUAUUUUCUAUGAGGCAUUGGGGUCUGAUGACUCUGAUUUUGUGUCUCUAACAUUUAUAACAAGGACUCCUGAUUCUCCUGAUUAUGAUGGCAUAGAUACGCAGAUGAGUGUUCGUAUGUCCAAGCUGGAAUUCUUUUGCAACAGACCUACUCUUGUUGCUUUGAUCGAUUUUGGCUUUGAUCUGAGUUCAGGAAAUAACAUGUUAAAUAAUAAAGAUCUCCCGAAAGAUCCAGAUGAAUCUUCAGUGAACAAAGAGAAAACAGAAGAACAGGGCCAUACACAUGUCAAAGGGUUGCUUGGUCGUGGAAAAGACCGUGUUGUGUUUUUUCUAAACAUGAAUGUUGACAGUGUUACAGUGUUCCUCAAUAAGGAGGAUGGUUCUCAGCUUGCUAUGUUUGUGCAAGAAAGUUUUCUGCUGGAUAUUAAGGUUCAUCCAAGUUCUACUUCCAUAGAAGGUACCCUUGGAAACUUCAGGCUAUGUGAUCUAACACUUGGCUCCGACCAGCGAUGGGGUUGGCUAUGUGAUAUUCGUAAUCAAGGGGCUGAAUCACUCAUUCAGUUUGUAUUUAAGUCUCAUAGUACAGAAGAUGAUGAUUAUGAAGGAUAUGACUACAGCUUGCGGGGUCGACUUUCAGCAGUUCGUAUAGUUUUCCUUUAUAGGUUUGUUCAAGAGAUUACUGCGUACUUCAUGGAGCUUGCCACACCCCAUACUGAGGAUGCUAUUAAACUCGUUGAUAAAGUGGGAGGGAUUGAAUGGUUGAUUCAAAAAUAUGAGGUUGAUGGAGCCUCUGCAAUAAAGCUGGACCUUUCACUCGAUACUCCCUUAAUAAUUGUCCCAAGGAAUUCCAGAAGCGAAGAGUCAGUCAUUAACCUACUAUCUUUAUUUAUUCGAACUCUAGCUUGUCUACAUUAUGCAUUUGUCAAUUUAGAGUUUUGUCUUUCCUGGAAACUAGGACACUUAAAAUUGAAUGUCAUCUUCCAGCUAUUUAGCUGUUCAAACGGUUGUUUGUCUGCAUUAUGCAAUUUCAGUUAA